UCUCUCUCUCUUUUACUCAUCACUGUCACGUCACGAAUCCUAAUAAAACUUCUAUCGCAUGAAUCUACAGAUACGUACACGUUUCUUAUCGGAGCAUCGCUUCGUUUGUUCGUCCAAUCACAGGUGAACAUGUCACGUGUUGACUGUUGAAUAGGGAAUUUUUUUAGUUCUGAAAAUUUUUCCAGUCGACAGCCAAUCGUGUUUCUUCCUCGAACGAUCGUGAAGUGCGCAUUUAUAUGAUCGGAAACUAACCAAUCGCGUGUGUUCAUAAAAAUCUGGACUAUAGUACUCGAUUCUCGGACUGAUAUAAAAAUGCCGGACAUAAAAGUUACACCACUUGGUGCUGGACAGGAUGUUGGACGUAGUUGUAUUCUUGUUACAAUGGGUGGUAAAAAUAUUAUGUUUGACUGUGGAAUGCACAUGGGAUUCAACGAUGAGAGACGCUUUCCUGACUUUUCUUACAUAGUCGCGGAGGGACCUGCGACCAAUUACAUCGAUUGCGUUAUUAUCUCUCAUUUCCACUUGGAUCAUUGCGGUGCCCUUCCAUAUUUCACAGAGAUGGUAGGCUAUACUGGACCAAUUUACAUGACACAUCCAACCAAAGCUAUUGCACCAAUCUUACUAGAGGAUAUGAGGAAGGUCGCGGUGGAACGUAAAGGUGAAAGCAACUUCUUCACAUCCCAGAUGAUCAAGGAUUGCAUGAAAAAAGUUGUCGCUGUCACGCUUCAUCAGUCUGUCAUGGUCGACCCGGAGUUAGAAAUAAAGGCGUAUUACGCCGGACACGUGCUCGGAGCGGCUAUGUUUUGGGUCCGCGUAGGAUCGCAAUCCAUCGUAUACACAGGAGACUACAACAUGACUCCGGAUCGACAUUUAGGCGCCGCAUGGAUAGAUAAAUGUAGACCGGAUUUAUUAAUAUCAGAAUCGACGUACGCAACUACGAUUAGAGACUCUAAAAGAUGCAGGGAAAGAGACUUUUUGAAAAAAGUACACGAAUGCAUCGACAGAGGUGGAAAAGUGCUGAUCCCCGUAUUUGCUCUCGGUCGCGCCCAAGAAUUGUGCAUACUUUUGGAAACGUAUUGGGAGAGAAUGAAUUUAAAAGUACCCGUUUACUUUGCGCUUGGUCUGACCGAGAAGGCUAACAAUUAUUACAAAAUGUUUAUUACUUGGACUAAUCAGAAAAUUAAGAAAACGUUUGUACAACGGAAUAUGUUUGACUUUAAACAUAUAAAACCGUUCGAUAAAGCGUACAUUGAUAAUCCAGGUGCGAUGGUAGUGUUUGCCACGCCGGGGAUGUUACAUGCCGGCCUGUCUCUGCAGAUUUUUAAGAAAUGGGCGCCCAACGAGGCCAAUAUGGUUAUCAUGCCGGGCUUCUGCGUACAAGGCACCGUGGGUCAUAAGGUCUUGAACGGGACGCGCAGAAUAGAGUUCGAGAAUCGGCAGAUCGUGGAGGUGAAGAUGGCCGUAGAAUACAUGUCCUUCUCCGCUCACGCCGACGCGAAGGGGAUAAUGCAGUUGAUACAGUAUUGCGAGCCGAAAAAUGUUAUGCUGGUGCAUGGGGAAUUCGCCAAGAUGGAAUACUUGAAGGAGAAGAUUAAACAGGAAUUCGGGGUCAGCUGCUAUAAUCCAGCGAAUGGCGAGACUUGUGUCAUCACGACCACUUCCAAGGUUCCCGUGGAUGCUUCUUUAGCAUUGCUGAAAGCCGAAGCGAAGAGAUAUUCGGCCUUACCGCCAGAUCCGAAAAGACGGAGAUUACUUCACAGUAUUUUAAUGUUGAGAGAAGAUGGUGUCUGUCUCGUAGAUGCGGAUGAGGUUGCAAAGGCUGCGGGUAUCACUAAACACGUAGUGAGAUUCACGUCCACUGUGCAAGUAAGAGAUCCUGGUCCAGCACAAGCCACAACUCUAAAACUAUUACAACCGUUGAAAGAGAGAUUAUCCGGAUGGACAGUCCAAUUAACAGAUGGCUCUAUAUCGGUUGAGUCCGUUUUGGUGAAAGUAGAAGGAGACGAAGAUGAUCAAAAGAGUGUUUAUGUUUCGUGGACUAAUCAAGAUGAAGAUUUAGGUAGUUACAUUCUCGGAUUUCUCCAAACAAUGUUGAAUUAAAACAAAAGAAAUGUCGAACUAAGAAACUUCUUCGACCUGUGAUACUGAAAUGUAAUUUUUCCGAUUACUGUUGAAGGAACAAUUAUAAAUACGCUUUGCGUAUAGAUACAGAGUUGAGAUAAAUAUUUUUGAGUAAAGAAAGUAUCGAGUGACUAGAUGAUAAUAUUAUUUCUUAUGUUUUGAAUAUUUUUGUGUAUUUUUACUCUUGAAUAGAAUACGCAUGAACAAUAUAUAAUGCACUUUUCACACAU